AUGGGCUCUCUCGGUCAUGACGAAGUUGAGUACGUUCAUUACCAUGCUGGCGGCAAGCGGGGGUCACGCCCUGUCCUUCGAGGAGCGGCGGCGAAGAAGACGUUCGAGUCCAUUCCCGUGAUCGACAUCUCGAGCAUCUUCUCCUGUUCUCUCGAGGACCGCAAGAAGGUCGCGAGUGAGGUGGGCCAGGCAUGCUGUGAGGUCGGCUUCUUCUACGCUGAGAACCACAACAUUCCGGACGAGGUCAUCGACCAGACAUUCGCCGCCGUCAAGAAAUUCUUUGAGCUCUCGCACGAGGAGAAGAUGGAGGUGCACAUCCACAAAUCCAAGGCGCUCCGUGGCUACGAGCCGCUGUUCGAGACCAAGAUGGAGGGCGCCGGCAAGGGAGACAUGAAGGAAGCGUUCACCAUGGGCGACGACGCCACGGAGCCGGAGUCACAGGCGCCCAGCGGCGUCAAGUCGACGGCGAUUGCACGCAGCAACUGCUGGCCCUCAGCGUACCCUGAGUUCCGCCCCAUCAUGUACCGGUACUUUCACGCGGUCAUGGCCCUCUCCAAGAAGCUGAUGCAGAUCUUCGCCCUGGCGCUCGACCUACCCGAGAAUUACUUUGACGAAGCCACGUCGUUCCCCAUGGGUGGCGUGCGCAUUUUGCAUUAUCCGCCCCAGCCCGCUCCUGGUGGCGCUGACAUUGGCCUCGGGGCGCACACCGAUUACGACUUCUUCACCCUUGUGCUCCAGGAGUCGGUCGAGGCAUUGCAGGUCCUCAACGCUAACGGCAUCUGGAUCGACGCGCCGCCGCGCCCGCGCAGCUAUGUAGUCAACAUUGGCGACUUCCUUAGCCGCAUCACCAACGACAAGUUCAAGUCGACGGUGCACCGCGUCGUCAACAAGAGCGGCAAGGAGCGAUACUCGAUGCCUUUCUUCUUCAGCCCCAACCGUGAGGCCACCCUUGCCACUGUGCCUACUUGCAUCGAGGAGGACAGCAAGUACGAGGAGGUCAACGCCGGCGAGUACUUCCGCGAGCGCCUCAUCGCCGCCCGCUACCAGCAUCCCGCCGCGAAAGAGGCCCGCGCUAUGCAGGUCGCCGCUACGGCGUGA